AUCCUUAAAAAAUUACAUUCCAAGAUCGCCAAAGCACGGAUACAACUAGUACAUACAGCUACAACAAACAAGGAUAAUGCUACAGGGGGACAGGAAAAAUUAAAACGACGAUGACUAACUAAAACAAUGCACACAUGUACAGAAUCCCAAACCACCAACCGAAGCUUAAAUAAUGACAUGUGACAACGGGUAGCAAUCCAAAGUUUCUUUCUACAAGGCAACGAGAUAGUCAUACUAGGCUCGCCAUCAAAACAAGUCCCAGGGCAAUUGCGCUCAGGAAACUUUCAGUAGACGAGUGUGUACAGUACUUUCGAAAACAAUAAUUAGCAAUGCGCGGCGUGGAAAACUUGGAGAGAGUAUGGGGGAAUUCAUAGAUACGAUGCAAAGAAUGCGGGGGAUAAGGUCCUGGAAUGCUGUCUUGGGGUUGUUCGAGUAUAGUGAGUAUCUGUUCUGCGGUGGCGUCUCCAGGCGUGUUGGUGAUGUGUAUCUGUUCUGGAGGGUACGGGCCCAAUCCCUUGGUGAAGGAACGAGGGGAUAUCUAGAAUCGAAAAUGCAAGUGGUCUACGUCGCUGCUGGAAACGACGAGAGUAGCGAGAGUAAGACUUCGUGUAUGGUCCCCGAUGUGCCGAGGCGUUGUGGUUACCACUGUGUGACGAUGGAGGGUUGCGGUCGUGUGUGGAAGGUAGAGAGGAUUCGGAAUGUUUCAUCUGUCAAGUCAAUCUGUCCUCCGAGAAAGCGAAAGAAGGGGGGCAUAGGGAUAAAUGGGAAAAGGGAAACAACGAAGGAAGACAAGCAUUGCACAACCAAAAGGUGUACCAAGAGGGAGAGAGGGAUGGAAGGGAUGGGAAAGUCGAAGAGGGACGAAGGAAGAGCGAAAUCGAAUGUCCAACGUCGAAAGUCGAAAAUCGAAGGCGAAAGGCGAGCGCGAGGAUCCUAUUGUACACGUUGGAAGGAAUUGAAAGAGCAGCUUGGCGGAGUCGAAUCCACGGAACGCAGGGCCCUAUUUGCGGAGAGAGUCCCCAUUCGAUCGCUGUGGGGGGGGGGGGAGGGGACAGACAAGACGAUGAGCAUGACGAACAACCACCCUCUACCUAAACCCCUGCGUGAAAUCGAAUUCACUGAAAACGUCUAG